CCACACACGAGCACACUACACGUAGUGUUCUCUCUCCUCUGCUAGAAUUCAGAAAAAAGAAGAGCGACAACUUCCUCAGUAUAUUCAGUCUAUUCUCAGUGACACACACAAAUACAAAUACAUAAAGAUAAGAAGAGAGCAAAACACAUACACAUUCAUUUAGAUAUAGGAGAGAGAGAGAGACAGAGAGAGAGAGAGAAAGGCGGGAUCUUGAGAUUUGCGAGAUAAAUAAGAGAUCUUGGGGAAUCAGGAGGAGUAAUAGCAAAGGCGGCUGGAAUUUAAGGCCCCUCCCUUUAAUUGUGGGGUUGGUGGACUAUAAUCUGUCAUAUUUAUGGCAUCACAUCACUAUAUUUCAUCACAGUUGAUAUAAUGUAAUGGAAAAGCAAAGACAAGACAUAAGAAGAAGAAGAAGAAGAAGAAGAAUGCGGGUAUUGGAAUUCUUUCUUCUUGUUUGUUAACUGCUCUCCUGCUGCUUAGCUCGAGUCUCGAGGCGUUUUCUUGAAGUGGGGUGGCUGAGAAAAAGGGGGAAGAAAAUUCCUAUACUGCCUCUGCCCUGCAGCAGCUGGGAUUUUGCUGUUUACUUGCGGGUUUUGUUCUCUUGUGCUUGUAUUCCUGUUUUGCGGACGAUAUCAUCCAUUCAUAUAUUAUUCUGGUUAGAGAGGAACUGAACGGUGAUGGGAUAAAGUAAAGAUUCAUGCUUUUGUCCUCUUUAAGCAGCUGAGCAUGAGUUCCAGUUUCCCCAGACUUUGUAGUUUCUUGCUUUUUUAGGAGAUAUAUGCGUUUCUCGACAGUGGAUUUGAGUGUAGAAAGUACUAAAGAGUGCAGUGUGGGACGUUAGUUGAAGUAAGGUAAUUUUCUUGAAGAGAAGGAUGAAGUUUAUGAAGUUGGGGUCAAAGCCUGAUGCUUUUCAAACUGAUGGGAGCUGUGUGAGGUAUAUAUCAUCUGAAUUGGCAACUGAUGUUAUCAUAAGUGUUGGCGACGUGAAGUUUCAUCUUCAUAAGUUUCCUCUCUUGUCCAAGAGCAAUAAGUUACAAAAACUUGUUUCAAAGGCCGGUGAGGAAAGCCUUGAUGAAAUUCUGUUGGUUGAUUUCCCUGGCGGACCUAAAGCAUUUGAAAUAUGUGCCAAAUUUUGUUAUGGUAUAACGGUGACACUUAAUCCCUACAAUGUUGUGGCUGCACGCUGUGCGGCAGAGUAUCUUGAGAUGACUGAGGAUAUUGACAGAGGAAACCUCAUUUUAAAGAUUGAGAUAUUUCUAAACUCCAGUAUAUUACGCAACUGGAAAGAUUCUAUUAUCGUUCUACAGACUACCAAGUCUCUUCUUCCAUGGUCUGAGAAUCUAAAGAUAGUAGGUAGAUGCGUAGAUUCAAUUGCAUCCAAAACUUCAGUGGAUCCUUCACUGAUUACCUGGUCUUAUACGUACAACAGAAAAUUGGCAACAUCAGGCCAGAUAAUUCAGAGUGGAAGAAAAUUCCCCGAGAAAAAUGAAUCUGUGCCUAAGGACUGGUGGGUUGAAGACAUAUGUGAGUUGGAUAUUGAUCUAUACAAGAGAGUUAUGGUUGCAAUAAAAUCGAAAGGUAGAAUGGAUGGUGGUGUUAUUGGGGAGGCUCUUAAGACUUAUGCCAUGAGAUGGUUGCCGGAUUCUGUUGAUGCAUUGGUUUCUGAAGUUCAUAUCCUUAGGAACAAAGCUCUGGUGGAAACUAUAAUUUGCUUACUGCCAUCAGACAAGAGUAUCAGCUGUUCCUGCAGUUUCUUGCUAAAAUUACUUAAAGUUGCUAUUCUGAUAGGAGCUGAUGAUUCAUCAAGGGAAGAUCUGAUAAGAAGUAUCAGUCUGAAGUUGGACGAGGCUUUGGUUAGUGAUCUGUUGAUACCCGCAAGGUCCCCUCAUACUACCAUUUACGACAUCGAACUCGUUCAGCGCCUUGUGGAUCAGUUUGUGGCAAACGAAAAGAGUAACAGGGAUUUGAAACUUGUGGACAAGAACAGUAAAAGUGAAGGUGAAUUUGUUCUAGGGCAUGGAUCCUGGUUGCAAGUUGGAAAGAUCGUUGAUGGUUAUCUUGCAGCAAUUGCUCAUGAUCCAAAUCUCUCGAUCUCCUGUUUCAUCAAAUUGUCACGGUCAAUUCCCGAGUCAGCUAGACCUAUUCAUGAUGGACUAUAUGGUGCCAUUGACAUCUAUCUGAAGGAGCACAAGAAUUUAACAAAAUCAGAGAGGAAGAGCUUGUGUGGGCUAAUGGAUGUCAAAAAAUUGACCACAGAGGCUUCCAUGCAUGCGGCGCAAAACGAACAGCUCCCCCUCCGUGUGGUAGUUCAAGUUCUAUUUUUUGAGCAGGUGAGGUCAGCAGCUGGUGCCCACGCCCUCAACAACAGCCACAAUGCAAUGGAUCCCCCUAGAAACACUCAAGAAAACUGGGGGAAGUCAGCCCCAGAAAACCGGAAGUCCCUGAGAAAACAAAUGGACGAGAUGAAGGUAAAAGACGAAGAAUUACUCAAAAAUGGAAAACUAGCAAAGAGAGGCAGCAAGAACAGAGCAUCAGGGGCGCAGUUGCUCCCGUCUCGUUCGAGAAGAAUUUUCGACAAGUUGUGGAUUGUGGGGAAAGGGCUCGCAAACGGAGAGAACAAGAGCUCGGAGACUUCUGCCAGUUCACAGAGCCCAACUUCCAUGAUCCAAGGGGAAACGAAGUCCUCUGGUUCAUCUUCAAGACAAAGGCGACACUCAAUCUCGUAGAGCAUCACCAUAGCAUUUCUAUGAGCAAGAAACAUUAAGGCAUUUAAUAUAACUGUAAAGUGGUUAGUAGGAUGUCCGUCGCAGUAGAUUAAGGGUUUGGUCUGCACAGUGAGUCAGUCAUUAAAAGUUUUCUGUAGCAGAAAACUGUAUCAAUUUACUUUCCUGGAUAUCUUCUCAUGUUGUAUGAGUCCUUGCAUCAUUGGUUCAAUUCUUACAUACCUAUUUCUGAUUCA